AUGUCGUCCACACCAUGGUCCAAACAUGGUCGUGCCGGUAUCAACAAGCUCUCCCACCUCACCCAGCGCCGCCUGCGCAUGCUGGGCAUUGACCCUGUCAGAUACUCAUGGAUGACAGCCAACCUAGGCAGGCAGCUGGGCGCCGUGGACGAAACCACGACCAAGCCGUAUGCAGGGAGGGUCACGAGCGCGGGGGGCUUCGAACUUGCGUGCAGCUACAACUGGAGGCUGCCACCAGCGCCAGCACCAAGAGACCCGAGGCUGGCCAGGAUGAAGAAUCGAGAGGGGAGAAUAAGGUUGCUGCCAUCGUUGGCAAGACAGACACCACAGAUCUUCGUCCCGGGCGAGGCGCCAGGCGUCGUUUUCCAUGAGCUCCCGUUGUCUUUCGCGCCAAACAGAAGGCUGAGCAGCUGUCGGGAUUUUAAUACGGCGUAUAUGCCCGAGUCGCCGUUCCAGGCCAUGUUUCGUGCCAUCGAGGUCAUGAGGCCAGGGCUGAAGCUUGAUGAUGUGGAUGUCAUCAUCAACAGGAGUAAUCUCUCACACUUGCUGCGAGUGGCCCGAGGACGCUGCUCCAAACCCUACCGUCUGGAGCUCUCUAUGAUCCGCAACUCCCUCCUCGUCACUCCUAAAUGGCCUGUCCUCCACGAGUCGCACCGCAACAAUUACGGAAGACUCUUCGAGGAGCACUUCACACGCCACACUACAGACAUGAGCGAGGCCGGCUCCCACCACCGUGCCAUCCUCUACAACCUCGGCCCCCUCCGCUGUCUCGUCCUCAUGGAGGUCGACGCCGCCUUCACAGAAUUAGAGCCUUCCUGGGCGAGCCCCAACUGGAGGCUGCCCCAGACGGAGCAGAACCUGAUGACCUCAAUUCAACACGAACAGGUGCAGGCUGCGCACGAGCAGCAGAUCUCCAUGCAGUCCGAUGCCGAGAGACGUUUGUUCCAGUCCUUGCUGAACGACGAGAACAACGGCAACGGCGACGAUGGUGACAAGUUCGAGGAGGCAGCCUCCAAAAAGCCUCCUAGCUUGCGGCCCUUGACGCUCCUCCGCAAGGGGGGUGGGACCCUGAGUGCACAUACUGCGGAGCUCAUCACGAAGACCGACUUCCAAGAUAGUGACACCAAGACCCAGCAGAUGUGGCUGGGAAGGACCCCCUACCUCAUCAAGAGUCUUCACAGCCUGAACGCCUUCACGAACGUCCAUGUCAUCAACUCCUGGCGUCGCCUCAUGGCAUUCGAGGAGAGGUCGCAGGAGAACCUGCAGAAGCUCGUCUCGGCGCUCCAGAUGCUGAGGGAAAUCACGAGCGGCACUGCAGACCGGCACGCCAUCGGCAUCUGCACUCAACAGUCGAGGUCGCUGAAGGUGUUCACGCCACAGGAGACGCCGCGGCCGUCUCUGCCGCUUGACAUUAAGAAGCGGUUCUGGACGUGA